ACAUCUCUCUCUCUCUCAGGAUCUCUACAAAUCUGCUUUCUUCUACUUUGAAGGCAUCUUUUAUAACGAUAAAAGAUACCCAGAAUGCAGAGAUCUGAGCAGAACCAUUAUUGAGUGGUCAGAAUCUCAUGACAGAGGCUAUGUAAAUCUUCAGUCUGAAGAUAUGGAGGACUACACAUUUAAUGAUUUGUCCCUCAAAAUUGGCUUCCCAUACCUUUUCUGCCACCAAGGGGACUGUGAGCACAUCGUUAUCAUCACAGACAUAAGGCUCAUUCAUUAUGAUGACUGCCUGGACAGGAACCUCUAUCCCUUGCUAAUCAAGAAACACUGGCUAUGUACCAGAAAAUGCUUUGUGUGCAAAAUGUACACAGCCAGGUGGGUAACCAACAAUGACAGUCUGGCACCCGAGGAUCCUUGUUUCUUCUGCGAUGUUUGUUUUCAGAUGCUCCAUUAUGAUCUGGAAGGCAAUAAACUGGGGGAGUUUCUUGCAUAUCCUUAUGUCGAUCCUGGGAUUUUCAACUGACACUGAUGUGAGCCAUAAUGAAUUCAGUGAAGUGCAUUG